AUGAGAGGGAAAGCUUUGAAAUCGUUGACUAAAAAGUGGAAAAAGAUGAAUGAUGGAGGAGUUAUUCCUUCAUCUACAAACUGUGACAAGUGUUGUCAAUGGGCACUUAAUUGGGCAUCAUCAUCCAUGCGCGAAGAGGAAGAAGCUUCGAUUCCAAGAGAUGUCCCAAAGGGUCAUUUGGUGGUGUACGUGGGAAAAAACCAGAGGAGGUUUGUGAUCAAGGUGAAAUUACUGAAACACCCUCUCUUCAGCGCUUUGUUGGAUCAAGCUCGUGAAGAAUACGACUUCAGUACUGAGUCCAGACUCACUAUUCCAUGUGAUGAGGACAUGUUCCUCAGCGUAGUUCAAUGUGCCAUGUCCCCACAGGAUCGAAGGAUCCCUCUGUGCCUUUGA